AUAGAAAAGAGAGACAAUAUUCAAACGACUCAUUUACAUGCGUAGGCGAUGCUGGUGGUGGGGGGCAUUUGGGUCCCAUGCAACAUCACCAUGGCCUGUGAAGGUUUAGCGUAGAACAUGGGGAUACCAUCCGCAGUGGAGGCGACCAUAAGUAAAGCCAAUUUCCCUCCGUGGUUUUCUAGAACAUCUUCUCUAGAUAGGCCCAAACAGCAUCCCAUGAAGCUCUCUCUUAUCGUAUCGCUAGGCGCUGCUGUCGCUUCUGCCAGCUUCCACAACGACGCGCUGCUCAAGCACUUUGCGGGCAAGCUGGGUGACAGUCUACCCCCCGUCACAACAGCCACACAUCAAAGGCCUCGAUCGGCUACUCCAGAGCCCAAUCACCGGUUCUUGACAGACAAGACUCGCAAGUUCGCAGUCAAUGGCUCCGCGCUUCCGGACGUCCAUUUCAACAUAGGCGAAUCCUAUGCCGGGCAGUUGCCCAUAUCGAAUAAGACCCAUGAAGAGAGCAACUUGUUCUUCUGGUUCUUCCCUAGUGCCAAUGAAGAGGCGCGCAACAAGAAAGAGAUUGUCAUCUGGCUCAAUGGUGGUCCCGGGUGCUCAUCCCUUAUCGGCCUCGCGCUAGAAAAUGGUCCGUUUGUAUGGAUGGAUGGCCGUGACGCUCCCGAGCAAAACUCGUGGAGCUGGCAUCUGCUCACCAACGUUAUUUACAUCGACCAGCCUACCACUGUCGGCUUCUCUACAGGCAAACCAACCGCCAACGAUGAAGACACAGUAGCCCAGCAGUUCAUGGGCUUUUGGAAAAACUUUUAUGACGUGUUCGACCUGCACGAUUACAAGGUCUACUUGACCGGCGAGUCGUAUGCAGGCAUGUACGGGCCAUAUAUUGGCAGCAACAUGAUUAACGCCAAGGACAAGAUCUACUUUGACGUCGGUGGUCUACUCAUCUUUGAUGGCAGCGCAUGGGACUUUGUUGUUCAAGCCUAUGUUCCUCAGCAGACAUUUGGAGAGCAGUGGAGCGGCUUGUUGCUCCUCCCGGAUCCGACGCGCGAUGCGCUUCACAAGCAGGCCCAGGACUGCGGCUUUUACGAUUUUGAGAAGCAGUAUCUGCAAUUCCCUCCUCACGGGCCCAUGCCACUUCGGCCUCCUGGCUGGGCGCUUCAGGAGAAUGGUACGGCCUACUACCGCCAAGAAUGCGACGUUCUCAUGGGCCAAACUUGGAGUGCGUACGCCAUGGCAAAUCCUUGUCUUGAUCAGUAUGAUAUCCGCGGCAAGUGCCCAUCUCCAACGCCGCACAUCAUGGCCGAGCACAGCUGGUUUAAUCGCCCCGAAGUAAAAGCUGCCAUUCAUGCUCCAAACAAGGACUGGAGCCCUUGCGUGGAUGGUGCUUUGACAGGUUAUGACGAUUCAGACCCUGCAAGCGUCAAGGUUCUUCCCCAUGUUAUCGAUGCCACACAGAAUGUCAUUUUCUCUCAUGGAGCCACUGAUAUGCUACUCAAACUCAACGGCAUGAUGCUCGGUAUUCAGAACAUGACCUGGGGAGGGCAACUUGGCUUUCAACAGGUACCAUCGGAUCCGUUUUAUGUACCCCUGGUUGGCCAAAAAGAUGGGGAUGGACGGACAAUGUACGGGGAGAAUCUUCCCGGCGGCGGAGGUGUCCUUGGUACCACUCACACUGAACGUGGAUUCACCAUGGUAGCAUUGGCUGCAUCGGGCCAUGAAGCGCCAAUGCUGUCCCCAGCAGCUGCUCUCAGACAGCUUGAAAAGCUCUUGGGUCGCGUUGCAAGCUUUACAGAUGUGUUGCCAUUCACACUGCCUCAGCUAAAGAACGCGACGCAGCUAAGCGGCCCGCUUGGAAAGGGUGUCGUAAAGAUUGGCUGCAUCGGAAAAGAAUGUGUCGGCCCAUAGAUAGCAAUAAUUUGUCCUGUUGUAUAUAGUUGUGCAUCAUAAUUCAAUCGAUUCAGUCUUAAUCAGUAUCCCAGUGGCUUUCCUUCUCCAGUGGCGCAUACGCUCUAUCCCUCCCUUACG